CCCCUGCACGCUCUGUGUGCGUGCCGUACUCCGCUCGAAACGAUUUUCAAGGCGCGCAGAGCCAGGGGCGUCUCUAGAAUUUGCGCCUCCGAGCCCGAUGCGCUGCCACCAUAUACACAUGUAUACUCUCGUCUCUCAGAGCGACCAAUCGGAGCGCGCAGCAAACCCGACAUUCGUAUUUCGCAGUCUGUGAGUCUGUACCGCACUAUAAAGGCUGGCAAUGCUGGCACGAGUCGAUUGCCUGUGCUUUGCGUACUCGAGUGUGUAAGUGUGUGCGUGCGCUUGUGAAGUCAGUGGCCGAUGUCGGUGUAUGCGUGUGUAUGUACAUUGUGCACAUCACACACACACUCCGGCUCAGCUCACACACAAUACACAUGAGUACACACUCAGACACAGACUGCAGCGCGCGCAUGCGCACAGCUAUGUAUAGCAUACAAACUCGCUGAACAAGAGCUGAGAAAAUUGCGGGUUGCGAGGGCGUCGAGGGGAUUCGACUGUUCACAUCUGUCUCUUUCUCGCUUGCUCGUUCUCGCUGCACGUAUAUGAGGCACGCGAGGCACACGCCAAAUGGAGCAGCUUCGUUUCGAUGUAUGAGUAAAGAAAGCAGUCCUACACGUAUACAACGUGUAUAACGCGUAUGCGUAUCUUACUGCAACUAUAACAACGCAACGCGACCAGGCGCCUUUGCGAGUGCGAACUGCCAGCGACAACGACUGAACGAGUAAAAGAAAUAUAUAUCAUGUAUAUAUUUAUAUAUAUAACGGGAACUUCUCCGCUUUCGAGGCAACCUCAAUCGAGCAAAUUUAGUCCGGUACGAAACUGACAUUGCAUCACGCAUCUGCACGAAAAUUGCGGGCACAAGCCCAACCCAGCUCCUGUGCAAAAAAACAUCCGAGAAACAUGUAUAAGGACCCCGUGAAACUGCUGCUACCUGCCAUCGGAUGGGUAGCACCAAUCAACAACUGUACAGCUUGCACUGGAAUGAUUAUGGCUCAUCUCUAACUUCUGCUGUGCAACAUCUUCGCGGACACGGAGAUUUAGUAGACGUGACACUAACAGCUGGUGGACAACAUUUUCCUGCGCAUAAAAUAGUACUAUCUGCGGCGAGUCCUUUCCUCCUUGAAAUUCUGAAGACGACACCAUGCCAGCAUCCAGUGGUUAUGCUUGCUGGUAUUAGUGCAGAUGAUCUAGAGGCUAUUUUAGAAUUUGUGUACAGAGGACAAAUAAGCGUGGAGCCCUCACAGUUGCCUUCGCUGUUGCAGGCAGCGCAUUGCCUCAGCAUUCACGGUCUUGCACCACCAACCAUCAUGACAGAGAAAGGAGAAGAAAUUCCUCUCUCUUCUAUACCUGGCUGUAAUGACAUUGCUACAGCCAGGGAAACACUUGAUGCCUAUCGAGCUCAGCAUCGAAGAAAGAAAAAGAGGAAACAAGAAGGUGGUGGUGGAAAGUGGCCCAGAGCUGGAUAUCAUUCAAGCCUUGAUUCUAGAUCCUUAGAUUCAGAAGAUAAUAGGUCAUUAGAUUACGGACACAAAGAUGGAACUGACGAUGAAGGAGACUGGAACUCGAAAUCAAGAACUUUGUCUGAUCAACCAGCUACUUGUCCGUUGUGUGGAGCUGUCAUACGACAGUCAAGAAAUUUGCGAAGACAUUUGGAACUGUUGCAUUUUGGCGUUGGUUCUGGAAAAUCGCGUAGUAAAAAGGACAAAAAUAAGGAUAAAGAUAAGGACUAUAUUCCCAAAUCAUCAUCAUAUUCUAGAGCAACUUUAACUCUGAGAGAUAACCCAAAGUCUGAUUAUGCAGACUAUCCCGGUGUAUCUUCUUUAAGUUUAAGUUCAAGCAUCCACCCCAAUCCAUCUAAUGUUCCAGGUACGUCUUUCAUGCUAUCUGGUACAGGAGGGCUUGCUCCACCACCGCCAGCUCCUGAUCACUCACACCAUCACUCCCAUCAUAAUCCGAAUUCUUUAACAGCUACAAACUGUCCACCCGUAUCCUCGAUUCCACCAACGAUGCCAAAUAAUAGCAUAUACUCCGCCUCUGAUUCUGCGACCAUGCUCAGCUCUCUCUUUCCUACAUUGCCCUCGUUACCGACUCUGUCGAAUCCUCACGAUGUCUUUCGCCAUUCAGAGUUCCUGAGGGCCAACAUGGGCUAUCCUCAGCAACAGCAACCUCCUCCAGGACGACAUUUGCAGCGCACUGAUGUUACGUGAGCCUACAGGUAUUGCUGAUAGCACGCCCGCAAAAGAAGCUGUUAACCCACGUCUCGUGCUAACGAAAGCUUCAUCUUACUUUGUUGAAGAUAAAAAACUCUUUCUUAAACUUUGACAUAUAUCUUUAAUAAUAAGAGUUAUAGAAUUAUUCUUAUGAUUUGUAUAUACAAUAAGUAUGUUUUUCUAUAGGUACUAAACAUAGAAACGAUGUGAAUGUUGCAACGCUAAGAAAGAAUUAAGAGGUACACGCGUAUUUAUUGUAU